AAGUAUGCAUAGAUUCCCACUUUGAAGUUUGAACCCUAUAGUCGCCCUCACUCUCCCCAGAAACGCAGAGAUGGCGGAUCAGGAACAUAAGCGUAUCGCCUCCGUCAAGGAUACAUCCUUUCAUUAUGGCCCUAACUCCUUUAGAUUGCUUAGAUUACCUGUACCGAGACCUGGCGAAGUUCUGGGAAUCGUGGGAAGAAAUGGAAUUGGGAAAACUACUGCUAUUGAACUUUUGUCUGGGUCGCUGAAACCUAACUUGGGUCGCUUUCAUGAUCCUCCUGAAUGGAAAGAAAUUUUUAAUUUCUUUAUAGAAUCUGAGCUGCACGGGCUGCACUGUUACUUCUACCGUCUUAUUAAACAUAAAAUGAAGACAACCAUCAAGUCCCAGAAUGGCUUAUGUAUCCCUGAAUUUCGUCAAGGCAAACUUGUCCCUAAAGCUGUUCAUUGGAACGUUGGGCAAUGCCUUACUGAGGUAGAUGAGAGAGAUAUGAAACAACAACUUGCUGCUGACCUUGAGUUAAUUCAGGUUAUGAAUAGUAAUGUGGAAUCGUUAUCGGGUGGAGAGUUUCAGAGGCUUGCAAUUGCUAUGGCUGCUGUAAAAAAUGCAGAUGUCUAUUUGUUUGAUGAGCCAUCAAGUUAUCUUGAUGUUAAACAAAGAUUAAAAGCUGCCCAUGUUAUCAGAUCCUUGCUUCUACCUAAUAUCUAUGUAAUUGUGGUAGAACAUGAUCUUACUGUGCUUGAUUAUUUGUCGGACUGCAUAUGCUGCUUUUAUGGGAAACCUGGUAGCCACGGGGCAGCUACCCUUCCAUUCUCUGUCAAAGAAGGAAUUAAUAUUUUCCUGGAUGGAUAUGUGCCAACCGAAAAAUUUAGGUUUAGAGGUGAAUCUUUGACACUUAAGGUUGCUGACACUCCACAGGAAAGUGCUGAGGAAAUUGAAACAUAUGCAACACACAGGUAUCCAACCAUGACUAAGAGUUAUGAAAAUUUCAGGCUCAAGGUUGUGGAGGGUGAAUUCACUGAUUCACAAAUAAUUGUGAUGCUUGGAGAAAAUGGGACUGGAAAGUCGACCUUCCUACAGAUGCUGGGUCGCCUUUUGAUGCCUGAUCCAGUAGAAGGAUCUAAUUUUGAAAUUCAUAGCCUCGAGAUCUCUUACAAGCCACAGAAAAUGGGUUCCAAAAGUGAAGCUACCGUGAAAAGCAUGUUGCAUAAACUUAUUCAAAGUGCAUGCAAGGAUCCUCAGUUUGUAUCCAAUGUGAUGAAGCCUCUAUUGAUUCAAAAAUUGGUGAAUAAAAAGCUAGUGGAUCUUUCUGGUGGAGAACUACAGAGGGUUCUUCUCACUCUUUGUCUUGGAAAGCCAGCUGAUUUAUACUUGAUAGAUGAACCAAGUGCAUUUCUUGACUCAGAGCUGCGUAUUGUUGCUUCAAAAGUAAUAAAAAAUUUCAUACGCCGAACAAAGAAGACUGCAUUUGUUGCGGAGCAUGAUUUCAUCAUGGCAACAUACCUUGCUGAUAGGUUAAUUGUGUAUCAGGGGGUGCCUUCCAUUAAUUGUGUUGCCAAUCCACCUCAACCACUAGUGACUGGAAUGAACAUCUUCUUAUCUAACCUGGAUAUCACAGGUAGAAGGGACCCCACAAAUUUCCGACCUAGAAUCAACAAACCUGAGUCGACUCUCCAUUUGGAGCAGAAGUCCACUGGAUGUUACUAUUAUAUGGAUGACUAACUUGCGGCAAACAUAUUUGAAUAUGUAGGAGUAGUUAAUAUUUGAAUACUUUAGUAGUAAUACUAGUUAAUAUCUGAAUGUUGUAGUCGUUAAUAUGUGUAGAACUUUGCAGAACUUCAGUUUCCUGCGAGAAUACUUGUGUUGUGUUCCCAA